CGUAAGAAGUCCUGAAAUAAAACUUGGUUCGUGUUGUUUUUCUCGACAUUUUAGUUCCUUGUGAGUCUACAACUGCGAGCAUUCAGAACUCAGAGCGACUUGGUAACCGUUCAACAGUCGUGGAUAUAGUUUUGAUAGCCUAAAAAGCGAGAAAACAUGACUCCCGAGAAGCAGAGUCCGUUCCUGUCCGGUGGACCGACCCGCCUGGACCGUCUCCCCGUGUUGGUCGGGCCGCUGGUCGGCGUCCUGGCCGCCCUGGUGUGCGGGAUCAGCGUGCUGACGGGGGUGGAGGUGGUGCACAACAUGCAGCAGGAGCUGACAGGUGUGAAGCAGGAGCUGACAGGAGUGAAGCAGGAGCUGACAGGUGUGAAGCGGGAGUUAUCAGUCCUGCAGACCGAGAACACCGGACUGAGGGAGAGGCUGGUGGCGGUGGAGAACCUGCUGGAUGCCGGUACUCUUGCUGGGCACGACCGACCGCGGACUGUUGACGAGUCAGAGGAAGGUGGAGGUUUGGGUGCGGAGGUCGUCAGUACGAGUCAGGAUGACGCGGUGCGAGUCAAGAGACAAGCUAUCGCCUCCUCUGGGCUGUUCGACCGCUGCGCUCAAGGUCAGCCUGGGCGAGACGGACGGGAUGGACCAGCCGGACAGCCCGGACAGGACGGACAGCCCGGGACGGACGGACAACCCGGGACGGACGGACAGCCCGGAACGGCGGGACAACCCGGGCGGGACGGACGGGAUGGCAUUCAAGGUGUGGCUGGACCAGCAGGACCUGUGGGCUUGCAGGGUCCACCCGGGGACAAGGGAGACACAGGACCGCCGGGAAGAGACGGGGCGACAGGCGCAGGAGGAAGUGUGUACAUCCGAUGGGGGAGGAAGACUUGCGCUGAUAACGGCGGAGCAGAGUUGGUGUACUCGGGUGUGGCAGGAGGCACAUAUCACAACCACCCCGGCGGCGGGACCAACUACCAGUGUCUGCCGACCGACCCACAGUGGGGUCGACGGUACCAAGAUGGAGUCCAGGGGGAGAAGUCUUACAUAUACGGCGCUGAGUACGAGUUGAACACAAACGUUCCGUUCGGCUCCACCUCCCUUCACGAUAACGACGUCCCGUGUGCUGCCUGCUACGUCCCAACCCGCGGCAGUAAGUUAAUGAUCCCCGCCCGUAACACCUGUUAUAGCGGCUGGACCCGCGAGUACCAUGGCUACCUCAUGGCUAGUUACUACAACCACCCCGGGUCUAAAGAGUACGUCUGUGUGGAUGAACAGCCUGAGGCCGUACCGGGCGGACACGCGGACCAUAACGGAGCGCUGUUCUACCCCGUGGAAGCCCGCUGUGGGUCCCUGCCGUGUCCCCGCUACGUGGAAGGGAGGGAACUCACCUGUGUCGUCUGCACCAAGUAGACCAUUAAUGACACAUCCGUAAAUAUUGUUACCAUUCUAAUAUGCCCCUUUUUCUGACCCGUUUUCUUGCUACCCCCACUAAUGGGUUUAAGUAGUGACAGAAAAAAAAGGGGCAUAUUACAAAGGUAAUAAUCUUUCCGACCAACCUCUGCUUGGAGAGUAAAGAUUUCCAUUGUGUCAAAUUUAGGCUGACAUUGAUUUUUUUCGAUGUGGUUAGUUCGUGUUUGCCUCUAAAGUUAAGAUUUCAAAGUUUGAUGUGACGAUUUUCAUGUAAUAUGAGGGCAGUGUUAACAAGUCCUAAGAGGAAUAUCAAAUUCUGUGUGGUUGAGAUUUGUGGUGUAUUUGUAUAUUCGCUUUAUCCAUCACCAGAACAAUUGUUAUUUCUGUUUAGUGAGGGGCAGCAGUUACUACAUGUACUUUGCGAAAGCUUUAGAAAUAGCCCAGACGAAAUGUUGUGUGAUUCAAUGGUAUGGUAACCACAAUAUCAUAUUCUCCUAAGUUUCGCGGAUGUUAAUCGAAGACUCAUAUGACUUCUUUAUUUGCUGUGAGUUGGCUAAAAGCACACCAUAAGCUACUUGUAGUGAAAUCAAGUCUCAGUCCUGCAUACAAUAAUAGUUUAUUGCUUUGCCUGAUUUGAGAUGGCUUCAAGCUGAAAUAAAUCGUGACUACAUGUAACAGUCAA